AAGUGGGAGUUGUGUUGAAUGUUUGGUUUGUUGUGUGCAUUGAGUGUCAGUCAACGUACGGCUCAUUCAACGCAUUGACAAACAAACGGAAAAAUAGGACACAAACUGAUUGAUUGAACGCUUAGUUUUCAAAUAAACCAAUGAUUUAAACGACUGAUGUGUUUGUGUUUGAUAUCACUGUUUAUGUCAAACACUAAUCCAUUAUAUAAUACAUGAGUCAUAUGUCUAGCAAUUGGUCUGAAAUAGUAAACAAGUGUUUUGUCAGAUAUUAAACCAUUAAGUGAUCGAUAAGAUUAUCGUCUCAUUUGGAUCACUCAACAGAUGGCCGAAGAACAAGAACAAGACUUCUCUAAGUUGUCGAUUGAAGAGAGAUGUAAUCAUAAGAACUGGAAGGCAAGAGUAAGUGGUUACGAGUCGUUAGCCCAACAGUUCCAGGUAUGCGAUGACGACAAAGAGUUUGUCAAAUAUGCUCCGUUGAUGAAGAAGUUUGUGGUCGACACCAAUGCCGCCGCACAGGAAAAAGGUUUAGCCUCUGUGUUGGCAUUUGUCGAAAAUUAUUCAAAUGCCGGCAAAUAUGUCGAAGGAGUCAUCGGCGGUAUUAUCACCAAAUGUCUUAUAUCUCCUAAAGUUAAGACGAGAGAAUUGGCCGCAGAAAUUGUUUUGAUGUUUGUUGAGAUCGAAAAACAAGAGUUAGUCAUUGAAGAACUUAUCAAAGGUUUGGAUAAUAAGACACCAAAGAUAGUGGCGGCCAGUGUUUCGCUUAUAAGACAGUGUCUUAAUAAUUAUGGGGUCAAAGUUAUUAACAUUAAGGCAAUUGUUAAGAUAAUUCCACGACUUUUCGAUGACAGAGACAAAAAUAUUCGCGACGAAGGAAAACAAUUAGCCGUUGAAUUGUUCCGAUGGAUUAAGGAUGCGCUUAAACCACAGCUUCAGAAUUUAAAGGCGGUUCAGUUACAAGAAUUGGAGACAGAGUUUGAUAAAGUGAAAGAUGAAAGACCUCGACAAACAAGACUAUUACGAUCACAACAAGCAAAAGUUGAACAAGAAGUAGCCAUCGAUCAAAUUGAUGGCAAUUCUGUUUCAGCAAUUGCUGCGCCACAAGAGGAGAUUAUCGAUCCGUAUGAUCUCUUAGAACCGGUUGACAUAUUAGCAAAGAUUCCGAACGACUUUUAUGAGAUGUGUGAGUCUAAGAAAUGGCAGGAAAGAAAGGAAUCGCUUGAGAAAGUACAGGAACUUAUUGAGAAAAAUCCCCGAUUAGUAUCUGGAGAUUAUUCAGAUUUAGUCCGACUGCUCAAGAGAAUGGUCGGUAAAGACACAAAUAUAAUUGUCGUUACGAUAGCCACUAAAUGUUUGGGCGGUUUGGCCACUGCUCUCAGGAAAUCAUUUCACUCGUACGCCAAUUCAUGUAUUCAAGUGAUAAUUGAAAAAUUCAAAGAAAAAAAGCAAACAGUAGUACUAUCUUUGCGUGAAGCCAUUGAUGCCAUCAUUGUUGCGACAACUAUUGAGGCAAUUAUUGAAGAUAUAACUAAUGCGUUGGUCAACAAAAAUCCUCAGAUUAAGAGUGAAACCUCAUUAUUCUUAGUCCGAACUUUUGCUAAAACGCAUCCAAAUGUGUUGAACAAGAAAUUACUGAAAACACUCACCACUUCUCUUAUAACGACUUUAAGUGAUAUGGACGCAACUGUUCGCGACUCUGCUGCCGAAGCACUGGGAACUGCUAUGAAAGUAGUGGGAGAAAAGACAAUGACCCCAUUUCUUCAAGGAGUCGAAGCAAUCAAAAUGACAAAAAUUAAAGAAUUUCAUGAUAAGGCCGAGGUUAAGAUUACAGCAGCAUCUGUGCCCACCGCACCACCACCUACUAAGCCUCCAGCCGUUAAACGACCGCCGAAAGCAAAUAUAGCUAAAGCGCCGUCACAGGAGUCGUUAGGAAGUAAUGCUAGUGAAGACAUAGCUGUUAAUGCGAAAACUAUAUCUAAAAAGCCAAUGACAAAACCCACGGCUAAGGUUGUGCCCAAACCAACAUUAGGAAGACCUCAAACCAACGGUUCGUCUUCUAAUUUGACACAAAAUAGUGAUGAAACUUCAUCUCAAAGCAACAGUUCAACCACUACUAGACGUAAGUUUUUAAGUAAAAAUAAGACAUCAAAACCGCCUACAGUUGCGACCAAAACAAGCAAAAAGACAGACGAUUUGGAUACUAACACACCUUUACUGCCAUUAAAUAAAAUGAAAGACCAACGAUUGGCCGAUGAAAAGGCGCUAAAAGUUCUUAAAUGGAAUUUUACGGCUCCUCGUGAAGAGUUUUAUACACAACUUAAGGAGCAAAUGAUUAACGCCGAGUGGCAGACAAACCUAAUUAACUAUUCAUUUCAUUAUGAUUUUAAAUUUCAUAUAAAAGCCAUUGAUCUGAUGCGUGAGUUUCUAAUCGCUGGUAACUUUGAGGCCACUCUCGCUAAUUGUGAUCUUAUUCUAAAAUGGAUUGCAAUAAGAUUUUUUGACACAAAUCCAUCUGUAAUAUUGAAAGCAUUGGAAUACGUAUAUCUGAUAUUUGAAUCGUUUCACGCAAACAGUGAGGGACUUACCGAUUCCGAUGCCAACUCUUUUCUGCCAUAUCUGGUCCUAAAGUCCGGUGAUCCUAAAGACGCCGUUCGCAAUAAAGUGCGCGAAAUAUUUAAGAAAUUAAGCGAAAUCUAUUCGCCAUCCAAACUGUUCACACAUUUGAUGACAGGUUUACAGUCGAAAAAUGCAAGACAAAGGAUGACCUGUUUGGAAGAUUUGGCUAAUCUUAUUGAAUCAUUUGGACUCAGUGUCUGUCAAACUACUAUAUCUAUUACAAUGAAAGAGAUCGCAAAAUUUAUUGCCGAUAGAGAUAAUGGUGUCCGAAAUGCGGCACUGAAUUGUGUGGUUCAGGUUUACUUCAUUGAAGGAGAAAAGGUAUACAAACACGUCGGACAACUAACUGAUAAAGACUCAAGUCUUUUGGAGGAACGCAUUAAAAGAGCUUCAAAGACACGCUUACCAUUAGUACCUCCAGCGACAGCACCGCCUGCAGUAAAUACUGUGACCAAAAUGACGAGUGCGCCCAAUAUAAUGCCUGAAAGACAACCUGAAGUACGAACUCCCAGUCCUCCGCAUUACAAUACCGCUACGAUUACCAAACAUUUUAGUUCAGCAAAAUCAGCGUCACGACAAAGACCUAAAUCAAUGGGUGUUUUAUCUAUAGGACCGCUAUCUCUAGAUUUGGAAGAGAUAGAACAAACAGUUGGAAAUAAUUUGAAAAAGAAGACACCACCGAGGAAUAUUGGACUCACUUAUAGGGCUAAAGAUAUGUAUAAUGAAGAGAAUUUAGAAGAAAUGCUUAAUCUGCCUGACAUUCAGAUCAGGAAAAGUAUGUCAUCAAUGAAUAAAUUGAUAAACUCUUCGCCUAAAGCAGAAGUAGCACUUAAUCUAGUGAUGGCUCAACUUUCAUCACAAGAAAUUAGUUCUGCAAUGGAAGCACUCUCGCAAUUAUCACAAUUACUAUCCAAUGAUGCGAAAGCAGAGCCAGUCCUCAGCACUAAAGUGGAUCAACUGAUUAUAAUGUGUUAUAUGCAAUACAGACUGUUUCUAACCAAACAUUUGGCCGAUCAGUCAAUUGAAAAAACACAAGCAGUUGAGCUCUUUAAAGGAGUGACUGAUAUUUUGUUAACGUUGUUCUCAAAGUCAUAUUUAGGACCCAAAGCCAGUCGCGAUGUCUUAAGAGAACUAAUGUCUCAUUUAAUUCAACUUCUUGUUGACCCAAAGCUCAAUGAGUUGAAUGAAAACAAAGAGAUAGUCAGAAGCGUUAAUAUAUUGGUGUCAAAUGUUAUAAGCGGUUCGGACUCAACAAGUAUUAUGACUGCUUUAAUCAAAAUACUAUACGAUUGUGUGGGAAAUUCAAUCAAUGCUUCGGCAAAAUUCAUUGAUAUGAUUAUGAAGUGCUUAUGGAAAAUGUGUCGCAAUCUCGACAAAUACAUUAAUACACUCGAUAUCGACAAAGUGUUGCUUGAAGUCCAUCUCUUCCUUAAGUCAUUUCCAAGUAUUUGGUGGAAGGAUAACAAUAAGAUGGACACUCCGUUGCGUACCAUUAAGACAUUGACUUAUCUUAUUGUUGACCAAAAGGGUGAAAUGAUUUUCUCUCAUUUGGCACUUAUUCAAGAUAAAGAUGCGUCAGAGUUAUGCCAUUAUCUCCAGAAAGCACUGAAACAAAGAGAUAAAUUGUCAACAAAGACACCCACCAAAACUGAUCACCACUUGUCACCAAAAGACCAGAAACUUUCAAAAUCGGCACAAAAUCACUUAAUGACAAUAUUAAGCAAAAUAGGAACCGAUGAAAACCAGAGCGGCAUUACUGAACUCUACGAAUUUACUCAAACUAAUCCUCAAAUAUCAUUAGAGCCUUAUCUUCAAAAGUCGUCCGAUUUUUUCAAGAAAUUCAUUUCAGACGAAUUAAAUAAAAUUCGAUCAGAAAAACAAGCCGGAGAUAUAAAGAUCGAAUCCAAUGGCAAACAUUCAGACAUUAUUAUCAAUGGUGAAGAAAGACCUAAACGAACUGCCUUUUCACGAGUGCCUCCACCGACCAAUCAGAAAGAAGCCUUAGAUUGGCUACGAAAGGCAACCACUGCUAUCACCAGUGAUCCUAAAAAGUUUAAAGAGGAAGACAUAUUGACUCAAAUGAAUUCCAAUGAUGCCAUUAAUAGUAUAGAAGCGGCAGAAUUGGCAAUUCAAAGAGCACAGGAAAGGCUCGAAAGUUUUAAGAAAGUUUACGGACAGAAGAGAUAAUGAUUGCCAUCGACAGAGUUAUAACAAACCAUUAUUUUCCCAAUCGAUUCAAAUUCAUAGCGAUCUCUCGUUUCCAAUAUUAUAGUGUAUAAAAUCAUUUGUCAUUUUUUUCACUUUUAUUUCUCUCUUAAUUUGCAUUAAUAUUAAUUAUUUUAUAAUAUUGUUUA